UUGAUGAAGUGCCUCCUGAAACCACUGAGUGUAAGGUGACAGGACUGAAGGAAGGAACACCUUAUAUCUUUAGAGUGUUUGCUGAGAACACAGAGGGCAAGAGCGCCCCACUGGAGUCUCAGGAACCAGUCACACCAUCUGCAGGACCCCAGCCUCCAAGCACACCAGUUGGACCAAUUGAGUUCAAGAAUGUCACAGCAGAGUCUGUUUCCCUGUACUGGAAUCCACCCAUGUCUUCUGGAGGUUCUCCACUCCUCUCCUACACCAUAGAACUCAGCAUGGACGACAAGGAAAGCUGGAUGGAGAUAGUCACAGUAGAUUCUACCAUCACCAAGUGUCAAGUGGAUGAUUUGGUGGAAGGCGAGACAUUCUACUUCAGGGUGUAUGCCACUAAUAAGUUUGGUAACAGUGCACCCCUGGAAUCUGCUGCAGUGGUGCCUAGAAAAGGAAUAGAACUUCCUUCGAAACCAACUGGACCAAUUGAUAUCAAAGAGAAGACAGAGGACUCUGUAACAAUAGAAUGGAAGCCCCCAGCUAACGAUGGAGGUGCUCCUAUCAUUCAAUAUAUAGUUGAAAAGCGAGAUAUUCAGAAACCAAAGUGGCAGAAAGCAGGCAAAGUUGAUGGGUCUGUCACAACAAUGAACAUUACAAGUUUAGUCAACAAGAAUGAGUAUUUGUUCAGAGUGACAGCAGAAAAUGAGAAAGGAUUGAGUGAGCCCCUGGAAAUGGACAAACCUGUUCUUGUGGAAAGCCCAUUUACUGUCCCAUCCAUCCCAGUGGGUCCACUCAAAGCUGCUAACAUCACAGAAGAUUCUAUGGAAUUGUCAUGGGGAGUCCCUGAAACUGAUGGUGGUAAACCCCUAACUGCAUAUGUCAUAGAAGCCAGGGAGUCUGGGAGAACAUCAUGGGGCAGAGUGGCCAAGAUUUCACCAGAGAAGACUAAGCAUGCAGUGAAGAACUUGGUGACUGGUAAUGAAUAUCACUUCAGGGUGAGGGCUGUCAAUGAUGUUGGAGACAGCAAGCCACUGGAGAUGGAAGAUGGUGUUGUACCAAGAAGGAAAGCAGGUCCUCCUGCUGCCCCAGAGUCUCUAAGAGUGACCAGUGUGGACAAGGAUAAGGCAACAGUAGAGUGGACACCACCAGUGGAUGAUGGUGGCUCUAAGAUCAAGGGCUUCAAGAUAGAAAAGAAAGGAGACAAGGGCAGAGACUGGGAGAUGGUUGCUUCAGUAGGACCAAAGGAUACUUCACAUACAAUAACAGGACUACCAGAGGGGAAAUCUAUGCUGUUCAGAGUUAGUGCUGAGAAUGAGAAAGGAGUAGGGAAAGCUCUUGAUCUGGAAAAACCAGUCACUUUGAAAGCCAAACAGAGCUGCCCAACAGCACCAACUGGUCCCCUGAAGGUCUCUGAUAUUCAAAAACAAUCUGUGAACCUAACAUGGCAGAAACCAUCCUCAGACGGUGGCUCUCCCAUAACUGCCUACAUCGUAGAACAGCGCGAGGCAUGGAGAACAUCAUGGAGCAAAGUGGACACACUGCGCCCCUCUGUUAUGUCUCUGAAAGUUCCCAGACUAACUGAGGGAACAGAGUACAACUUCAGAGUAUUGGCUGAGAAUGCUGUUGGUGUGUCUGAACCACUGGAGCUUCUUGAACCUGUUACACCAAAGAGUCCUUAUACUGUGCCAUCAGCACCAAGAGGACCCCUUGAAACUGCUGUUGUCAGUAAGAGUUCGCUGAAGUUAUCAUGGAAGCCAUCCGAACAAGAUGGUGGUCAACCGAUCAAACACUAUGUUGUGGAGAGGCGAGACAAGACAAGGACUUCUUGGGUACAAGUUGAUAAAGUUAGACCAGAAAAAUGUGAACUUGUUGUUCCAAACUUGUUGGAAGGCAAUGAAUACCAGUUCAGAGUUUUUGCUGAAAAUUCUGAAGGUGCCAGUGAACCUCUGGAAACAACAAAGUCAGUGACACCAAAGAAACCAGCAGCCAAACCAUCUGCACCAUCUGGCAAACUAAGAACCCCCAAAAUUACCGAGAAUUCUGUGAUGUUGGAGUGGAGCCCACCUGUGGAUGAUGGAGGUUCCAGGAUUCAGAACUACAUUAUAGAACAAAAAGACAACACCACUGGAAAAUGGAACAGACGCGGGUCUGUAGAGGGUAGCACUGUUACAUUCACAGUGCCAGAUUUGGAGGAAGGCAAAGACUAUAACUUCAGAGUGCUUGCCAAGAAUGAUGCUGGCACUGGUCCAGCGCUGGAGACUGAAGCACCUGUUAGGACAAGGAAAGCUGUUGGCAAACCAGGUGCCCCUCAAGGCCCCUUGACACCCUCCAAUGUGACCAAAGAUUCAGUGUCCCUCUCCUGGCAGGCACCAGAAGAUGACGGAGCCAGUCCAAUCACAGGCUACCUGUUGGAGAAACGUGACACUCAGAUGCCGGGCUGGACAAAAGUGGACAAGAUAAGACCUGAUAAAUUGACCCAUAAGGUGACUGGUCUGAUAGAUGGACACAGAUACCUGUUUAGGGUUUCAGCAGAGAAUGUGAAGGGUAUGAGCAUGCCUUUGGAGAUGAAGGAACCUGUCACAACUAAGAGUCCAUAUGGUCCACCAUCUGCCCCAGACAGUUUCUCAGUUACUGGUGUGACAGAGGACAGUGUGACAUUAGAGUGGCAACCACCUGCCAAUGAUGGCGGCUCUUCCAUUACUGGAUACAUCAUCCAUAAACGUGAGAUCUCGAGGAGAACUUGGACAGAGGUAGACAAAGUGAAGGCCAGAGUGACCAGUUAUACUGUACCUAGCCUGGUGGCAGACAAGGAGUAUUUCUUCACAGUGAGAGCAGAGAAUGUGGAAGGUGUUGGUGAUGCUGCAGAGUUGGAGGAGCCAGUUAAAGUCAGCAAGCAGAUGAAACCUCCCUCAGAACCACUGAAGGUCCAAAUCACUGGUAUCUCCACUGACUCUGUUACUCUACAAUGGCAGAAGCCAGCAGACUCAGGCGGUGCUCCAGUCACUUUUUACCAUGUUGAACAGCAGGAGAAGACAAGAGACUUUCCAAGAGAUGAUCGCUGGGAAAAGCGAGGAAUCGUUGACAAAACAACAUUUGUAUGCUUCAUAGAUAAGCUGGUUGAAGAUACUGAGUACUUUUUCUCAGUGGCUGCUGAGAAUGCUGCAGGAAUUGGACCUAGAGUUGUUACUGAGCCAAUUACACCAAGAAGACCAAUGGAAAAACCAUUGGCUCCAGUUGGCCCUCUAGAAAUAUCCAAUGUGACAGAGGACAGCAUCAAACUGUCAUGGCAGCCCCCGACUGACAAUGGUGGAUCAGAACUCACUAGUUACAUUGUGGAGAAAUGUGAUGUGAAAAGAGGAGAGUGGUUCCGUGUCGCAAGAGUCAAGCCAAACUUCACAACAUCAGUUGUCCAUGACUUGAUAGAGGGAGUAGAGUACAUCUUCAGGGUGUCAGCUGAAAAUGAAGCUGGUGUUGGUCCACCUAUUGAAUCUGAGAAGAUUAUUCCAAAGAGCCCAUAUGGUCCACCUGGUCCUCCAGAGGGCCCAAUUAAAGUCAGCAAAAUCACCAGCGACUCAGUCACCAUUUCAUGGAAUGCUCCACUUGAUGAUGGAGGCUCUCUAAUCAAAGGAUACAUCAUUGAGAAGCGUGACGCUGCCAGAAGGUCCUGGAUCAGUGCUGGAAAGACCAAGGUCAAGAACAUGACCUUCACCAUAGAUCACCUGAUUGAGGGUAAAGAGUACUACUUUAGAGUCAUGGCUGAAAAUGGCUAUGGUGUGGGAGAACCUCUGGGGACAGACUCUCCUAUUGUCCCAGCCAAGGUGUUAACUGCUCCUCAGCCUCCUGCUGCUCUGCGUGUCAUGCAGACAACAAAAGACUCUGUGGUCCUGUCUUGGGACUUACCCCUGGACGAUGGUGGCAAACCAGUUAAAGGCUAUGUAGUAGAAAAACUAGGACCUGAGGCUAAAAAUUGGGUUCAAAUAGCUAAGCUCAAAGACAAUAAAAUCAAAAUAACUGACCUCACAGAAGGAGAAGAAUAUCUGUUCCGAGUGGCAGCAGAAAAUGAAAUAGGCCAAAGUGAAAUGUGUGAACUAAGUACACCAGUUGUACCUCAAGACUUGAAAGUUCCACCAUGGCCCCCUGGUCGUCCAGAAGUCAGCAAUGUCACCAAGGACAGUGUGGUAAUUACCUGGACAGCCCCAGAGAAUGAUGGUGGCUCCAAAAUUACCACUUACCAUGUUGACCGCCGUGAGGGCAGCAGUGUGAGGUGGAUGAGGGUCAACAAGACCAAACAACUGGACCUAACAAUGACCAUACCAAACCUACUGGAGGGCUGUCAGUAUGAGUUCCGUGUGAUAGCUGAGAAUGCCGAGGGACUGAGUGAACCAUCUCCACCAUCAGAACUGGUGGCGGUGGAGGACAAAGACGCCAACCAAGCCCCAGUGUUCAGCAGUCCGCUGCAGGAUACCAUAGGGAAGGAAAACACCAAAGCCACCAUGGAGUGCAAGGUGCAAGGCAAACCAAAACCUACAAUACAGUGGUACAAAGACAUGACAGAAAUCUAUGAAGGUAGAAAAUACAGUAUGUUUGUGGAGCGUGACAAGUGUUUGCUGGAGAUAUUUGAUGCUAAACCAGAUGACACAGCAAUAUAUGAGUGCAAAGCUACCAAUAAGAAGGGACAUGCUGUCACCAAGGCACUGCUCACUGUCAAAGUUUGUCAAACACUGCCAGUUUAA